AUUUUGCAGUUAAAAGUUGAGCUCACUGUGCGGAUGUGAAUGCGGCGUGUUUGAAAGAUCGCUAUGCUGGAGGCUGCAAGUUCUGGUCUCCCUCGGCCGAAGCUGUAUGCUGGCCACUUGGAGUUUGUGACGAAAGAAGAAGUCAGCCUGCAGCGUCGGAGCUAUGCACCCGAGCCGCCUGUCAAACGCAACCAACGAGAGAGUAUCUCGCAUGCUACAGCUCUCUCAUUUCGUGAAGGACCUAGUGACCAUUUGACCAUGAGUCGGUUGUACGAUACCACGAAGCCCGACCCGUACUUUCGUCAGUGCUUCGAUGUGCUGGAAGAUAUGGGGCGAGGUUCAUUUGCGGUUGUGUACAAAGUACGAGACAAAGAAGAUGGUCGAUUGUAUGCAGUCAAAAGGUUCAAAAACCGUCGAAAUGUUGAUCGAAAGCGACAGGAAGCUGAAGUUAAACAUCACGAAUGCAUUCCACCGCAUCCGAAUAUUGUCAAGUUCUAUGGAGCUUGGAAGGAUGAUGAUCAAAUUUAUAUGAAAAUGGAAUUGUGUGAUAUGGCCCUUGCCGACUAUUUGGAAACGAACCACCGUGUUCCAGAGUAUCUAGUCUGGAAUUAUCUCGUUGACCUUCUGAGAGCUUUGAAGCAUCUGCAUGACCGCGAACUGGUUCAUUUGGAUGUUAAGCCAGAAAAUAUUCUCAUAUCCCACCAUGGUAUCCUCAAACUAGGGGACUUCGGCCUGGUCUACGAUUUGAAGGAUGAGGGGUCCCAAGUGUCUCCUACGGAAGGAGAUUCAAAAUAUCUUGCCCCAGAGUUGAUUGAGAAAGGACUCUAUACGAAAGCCGCUGACGUAUUUUCUCUUGGACUCACUAUACUAGAAGUUGCCGUUGAUUUAAACGUACCAGGUUCAGGCGACCUAUGGCAAGCAUUGCGCGAAAGUCAACUACCAUUGUCUCGCAUAGCGUCUGUCGGUCUGUCAGACGAACUGGUGCAAGUAAUAAGGAUUAUGCUGAAUCCUGAUCCAUUGCUCCGUCCUUCAGUUGGCGAGCUUCUUCAACUUGAUGCUGUGAAGCGUCACCUAAUGAUGCGUCAGUGGAAGACAGCAGCCUGGGAUAAGGUUGACGACUACAGAGAAACGAUGUUAGGAUUUUCCCGUAAAACCAUGAAAUUGGUUUUAUUUGCCUUUUGGUGGAUCUUUGGUUGGUUUCAAUCAUCAAAUGCUCCCUCUUCGGUGUCUACCAGCGAAUCUCCUCUGCUGGACUCACCGUCGAACAUGCGAAUGGUGGAAAGUGAUGAAGAUGAGUCAAAAAAUGGAACACCGCCUCAUGUGCAGUCUUCGUUCAACAACAUUACAUCGAUGAGAGCGAAAACUGCAAGAAAAGGUUCUCCGAUUUUCUCUGCUGUUGCUUCCGGUGCGAACUUGUUUAAAGCAACUUCCACUCCAGUGCACGAGAUGCAAAAACCGUCCUGUUACCUGAAUACGCCGCAUUUGACCCCAGUCCCUUCGCGAUCACCACGAUCUGUGGGAAGUGCGAUGGCGAGACGAAGGUUGAACAUGGACGAGAGUGAACCGUCAGAAGAUGGAACCCCUGCAGCUGGAGGCGAUUCUCAAAUGUUGAGUCGUAAUCUAUUCGCUCGAACUCCUGCGGAUGUUAGUGCUGACGAAGAAGAAGAAAAAGUCAGAUUUGGGGGAACGGAUGGAGAGAAUAUGUAUAGUGGAUCUCCGAGCCUUCGUCGAAGAGCUGCGUCAAAGAAAAAGAUCUUGAAGAAACGCGGACCUUCGGCUGCCGGCAAAGGACCCGGUGCACUGGUUACAAAUUUGUCCAAAAAAUUCGGACCCAGUUCCGAUGUGGAAUAGGGUGGUUUUUUUUUUUUCAAAGUUUUCGAGGGUUUUCUAAAUGUUGUGACUUGUGCUGUUGUCACUCCUCCGAGUUGUGCUAUCGACCAUUUCGGAGCGAAUGUAUGAGGAGGUUUAUCAUUGUUUGGAUUCAUCGCUCCAUUUGCUCAGUUCUGUUCAUGUUGGAUAUUUUUUCACCGCGAGGCAUUGAUCUUUGAUAUCCCCCUCCCCCAAAAAUGAAAUUUUUAUAGCAUUCGAACAUCCAUUUCGACAUCGUCGGAACUAUUUUCAUUUCAGUGACGUGGUAUAUCUUGUUCUUUAUGGAUCCUGAUGAUAUCUGUUUCAACUGAAUGUGUACGUUUCGCCUCUCGUGUUUUGUGAUAUCAUUACCUCGGACUUUGGCUCGAUAGUCGAUCUCACAUUCGAUUUUUGCAAGCACGACUUCGUGUGAGAAAUUAAAUUAGAUUGCUCAAACUUCUGAAAUACUAAUAUUUCUCAGGUUUGAGAACUAACAGAAGUUGCCAAAAGGAUUAAUAUUUAACGGAGGUGCGAGUGCGAUUUUGACGAAAAGCUGUUUUGAUUUGAAAUUGCGGACCAAUCGACGAUUCAUGACAUCGUUCGCUCAAAGAAAUUUCGGGUCGAAUGCUCAAUGAUCGUAGUGUAUUU